AUGUCGAACAAUUCUUCUGAAUAUUAUGAAUUGGCGAGUAGUUGUUUAUCAUGUCAAGGCCCCGAAAUUUCAAACUUCAUUUUGAAAAUGACAUUCGUUUCGUAUUAUUUAGUUGUAUUUUUUGCACCAGUUUAUAAUUUUGUGCAUCGCAGAAAUAUACGAAUGGGAGUUUUUGUGAGUUCAUUUUUUCGAGAAAAAAUCUGGCUGUGAAAUUAAAAUCUGAAAAUUUCAGCCGCAUGGUCAAAUAACUUUAUAUCAAAUUCGACUUGUUUUGAAUAUCACAAGUAUAUUUUGCAUCAUUUUUUGUUUCUCAAAAAAUAUCCUAUUCUUUAUUUAUAAAUAUUAUAAGAUUCGUGGAUUUUCUUUUCAAUUUGAAUAUAAUUAAUUUUCCAAAAAUCGAAAAUAUAGUUCGAUUUUCAUCUCGUCUUCUUUAUGUUUUUACAAUAUUAUUUGCAAUAUUUUCCUCUUUUGUUUCUUGUUUUAUCGAUGUUUUUCUGGUUAUUCUAGCCCUUCAAAGAUUUAUUUUAACAGCUUUGGAAUCUUUCGAAUUUCUAGUUUCUCAAAACAAACUCCGAGUUUAUAUUAUAACUGCAUGGUUUGUUACAUUUUUUGCAAAACUUUGGGCGUUCGUUGAUUUUUGGUUUACUGGUGAGAAAGGAGCAUCAAUAAGUUAUAUGAAAUUAAUAUUCAUCUCUUCUAUUUUAUCAAACUUUUUUGUGAAUGUAUUUUGUUGUUUGGUUUAUAUCAAAUUGUUUUGGAAGUUGUUUAAUCUUCCGAGAUUGAAUAAAUAUAAUCGACCUGAAAUUACUUGUUUGUAUGAAGGUGUUCCCUUAUUAGUUAUUCGAACUAUGGUUUUGAUCACACAAUUCAAUUUGGAUUUCGAAGAUGAUCUCGAAUUUUUCAUUUAUUUCACUGAUUUUGAUAUUGCUUAUCUUGUUAUAUCAACUGCUUUGCUACAAUUUACAUAUAUUUUGAGCUAUCAUAACUUGAGAAUUAUUGUUGAAUGGUUGAUGAGUAAAAAAUCAAAUACGGUUCAUUCUACACAAGCUGAUCCAUCAGUUCAUUCAUAA